GCAGAAUCCAAUGUGUAUCAAUAUCUACCCUCCUAUUGAUUUAUCUUUAGUACAAGAUAUAAAUGAUCCAGAAAGGGUAUCCUCUUAUGUUCUAGCAACUUUAGACAAUAGUUGGGAGAUACAAGACAAUGAAUUUUUGCUUACUUUAUCUGAUCAUUGGAAAGAAAGAAGACGAGUCUAUCGUGCCUUAUUAAUUCAGAAAUGCCUAAAAUUGGUUGAAUUAGAUCAUAUCAGAGUAGAUCCUGGUGAUCGUUCUGAGGCAGAUCUCAUCAUUAGGGAUUUUAGAAAUUAUCAUACACCCCAAUCUUGAUAUACG